AUGGAGAAGUUAGGGUUAAUUUUGUUUGUGAUCAUAAGUGUUGUGUCAAUUCAUUUUAUUUCAACAGCAACGACACAAAGAAUGCUUAACCCAGAUGAAUUCAUGAAAUUGUUGGAAAAUCAUCAAUUGAAAAGUCGAUUUGGAGGGCAACCUGAUAAAACUAAUUUGAUGAACAAAGCUUCUGAGCCCAGCACUGACGAAUCAACCAGCACUGAAGAAUUAGAUACAGAUGAUGAGAACAGUACAGAAGACGAGGGCAGUUCAGUGAAAAAUGUUACUGUAGUUAACCGAUUUCUGGUUGAUAUUCCUUGUAAUCCACCCUACAGGAUGAUACGAAAAAAAUGCAAGAAAGUGUACUCGUAA